UGUGUGGAGAUGCUGGAAGACGACAGAAGAAAUGAGGAGAGCAGCAGACUGAACUGUAAACCAGAGAAGAGUGGAGACUUUAAUCCCUGCAACUACACAUCCAGACUGUACACUUCAACACAGUGGCUCAAAACAGCAGGAGAGACUGCAAAGCAGAGGUUCCUUACAGGGGUUUUAGUCCGCUGUCAGAGUGUGGAGACCCUGGAAAAUGUCCAGAAUGUUCUCCAGGUGACUUUAGGGAAAGAUUUCACCUACACCAGGAGCAGGAAUCGAGUCAAAGCCCGGGACAUGGUGACUAACUGCAACUGGAGCUCAGCUCCGGAUGCUAAAUUACUCGGAAAGGAAGUAUUAAACACCUGGGAAUGGUUUAAAACCAUCCCGAACUCAACCAAGACCAGUUUCAUCCUGGGGCUCCUGACUUCCUGCGACUCUGAGCUCCUGUACAUGUUGGGGAAUCUGGUGCGUGUGCUGAUCGCGCGAGAGAAGAGCAAUUUGAACUUCCGGCUGUGUAACACAGGGAGUUCCAAAGGUGGGGGGGCCGAGCGGCUGAAGGCACUCGACCCCAUGGUGGACAAGCGAGCAGGUGGGAGGGUGAGUUGGAUGGAGAAGGAGGACCUGAGAGUACGGCUGGCCAAGGAUUCCAGCUGGAAUGAGGAGGACAAAGUCAUGCUCAGGGGUCAGAGGUUGAAGAGCGGUGGUGAUGCAUACUGGGAUGAUGUUGAGGAUCCUGCACUCAUGGUGGUCCCCAGGUCUUCCAGAUCCAUGUCAGGAGUCAGCCAGCACCGAGACUUCAUUCGGGCACUUCCAGUCAGUCUCGCCAAGAAGAUUUUAGGCCUGUUGGAUAAGGAUACACUACAGAGCUGUAAAUGCGUCUCCCAGCACUGGCGGUACCUCACCGAGGAGAUUGUAGCAGAGCAGAGUGUGAAAAAGAUGGUGGAGGAACAGGCCGUGAUUUUGCAGGGAAUCCGUUGUGUAGUAAACCCUGUCUAUGCCAGGAUCUGUGAGGUCCUAGUGCCCAUCGGAAUAAAAGAGGCUUACAUCCAGCCUAAGAAGAGUUUCCCAAAAAAUAAGGAUGCCAGGAGCUUUGAGUCAGUCUAUGCAAAGAUUAAAACCAAGGUUGUGGAGAUGGAGGAAAGGAAUAUCUACUGUGGAGUCUACAACAUUUUCAUCAUGCUGGACAGAAAAGACGCCAGCAGAGUGGUCCAUUAUAGCGGAGGCAGGGUGGUGGCACUGGGCUCUAAGGACCGAUUUGUGCGUCUACUGGACACAACGCUGUUGAAGGAGGUUCCCCCGGUGAUGCACGGCCAUGCAGGCAGUGUGAAAGCAGUGCUGGUGUGUGAUGAGAGAGAGCUGGUGAUCAGUGCCAGCUACGAUCUCAGCAUCCGAUGCUGGAACCUGAAAACCGGUGCAUGCGUGAUGAUAUUGUCUGGACACACAGGCACCAUCACCUGCCUCGACCUGCAUGGAAACCAUCUGGUCUCUGGAGCCAGAGACUGCAAAGUCAAAGUGUGGUGCCUGCAGAUGGGUCAGUGCUGUGACAGGAUGAAGUUCCGUCACCGGAAGCCUGUAGUGUGUGUGAAGACCAACUCGUCUCUGGUGAUCAGCGGCUGUGAGGGAGGAACGAUCAAGAUGUGGGACAUGGAGACAGCGACUCUUCUGAAGGUCAUACAUGGUCACCAGGGCUCUGUAAAGUGUCUCUUCUUUGACCAGUUUCACAUCUUGUCCGGAGGAUCAGACAAUUUGGUAAUGGUAUGGAGCACCGACCAUGAAUUCAAAAAGUGUCUUAUCACUUUCCAACAUCCACAGGAAGUGCUAACGCUGGCUUCCCUCUUCCUUCGAGUCAUCACCGGCUGUAUGGACGGAAGGAUCCGGAUCUUUAACUUGUUCAGUGGGGAUUGUCUCAGAGUCAUCAGACUUGACACUGAUGAAAGCCCUAUACGUUCUUUACACGCACAUCAUAAUACUAUCGUGGUGAACAGCAACCGUCAUGUUUUGCUUCUGCAGUUUGCAGAGCAGCAGUGGGACUACAGUGCACAGAUGGAGCAGAAAUACGUCACUCAUGCCACACCUCCUGAUCCUCAGUACCCGGAUUUACCAAGCUCAUCUACAUCAAAGAAGAAUAAGAGGAGACCCAGAACACCGUCUCUCUCCCAACAGAUGAGGAGCCUCUCAGCUCCCAGCAUGCAACACUCCUAUGAAAAGCAAUACGCGGCCCAGAAGUGUGUGAUGACCCCCAGUGAGAGGGCUGUGCAAGAGCGUGUGAAGAAGAGAGGCCCCCAUCACCCCACCACAACCACCCGGGUUCUCCUAAAGGUCCGUCCUAGCAGUCAGCCUGAGUGCAAAGACCUGGCCACCUCCAACAUGGAGCUGAACGCUGCAGUACGAGACGCCUGGGGUCCUCCUCUAACCAGAUCCUCAUCUCCUCCUCUAGCUCCGAAAGCUUCGAAACGGCCACAUUCAGCCCCUAAACAUCCCUCAUUUAAAGCCAUGCUGAAAAUACACACACCUCUGAAACACCACACUCAAGACCUCGACCUCCAGCAUUCCCUGCAUCCCAGCAGCCCAUCUUCAUCAUUAAUCCAGACUUUUCCUGAACCCAAGCAACUCCAGACAGUUUGUGGAGUGUGCCAAGUCAGCACCUGUACCACCACCCAUGCCCAGGAAGAUAUCCAGAGUUGUGGAAGUCCCUUCAUGUGGAGUAAAUUGAAGCAUGCAGUCCACCAUUUUGAUUUUGAUAUUCCAGGAAUAUCCAAGCAAUCCCAGGAUCUACUGGAUCCAUUCCGAGAGAGCGGAGGCUUUCAGCUCAGGACAGACACACAGCUCGAGGAAUACAAGCAGGCGCAGAUGCAGGCUAACACUUCUACACACUCAGUGGAAGAGAAGAAGAAGCGGCAGGACAUCCUGGAAACAGAAAGCUAA